CCCUCUGCCCCACACACUGGCCUUGGAGCAUCCUCAUGCUCUGCCCCACACCCCAGCUCCAAAGUAUCCCCUCACUCUGCCCCACACUCCAAUUCUGGAGCAUCCCCUGCUCUGCCCCACACUCAGCCUCCCCAGUGCACUGCUGGGGGCAGCCAACCCCCACAGCUCUACCAGUCUAGAAGGAGGAACUGGGCAAAACCGGGCAUUGCGACAGCUGGAAAUCCCGUUCUGACGGCGCUUCCUUCCAGAGGCUCUUGAAAACCGGCCACGCUAGAGCCAGGCUCAGAGAGUGGGGCAGGCAGGAGCCCGAAGCCAAGUGCCAUACACUUCCCAGGUACUGUCAAGUCUCUGCCCAGGACUCUGCAGUCAGUGGCGGCGAUGGCAUUCGUCCCUGAUUUGGACACACUGGAGAAUAGCAGCCUAAAUGAGGAGAUGUUUUAUGGCCCCGACUGCCUCUGCCUGCAGAAGAAACCCCGACUGGACUUGGAGGUGACAUCACCCAGGGUAGGCAUCCAAGUGACAGUGACCAAGGGACACCCUGCCAGGACCUUUCGCCGGGCUGCUGUCCUGGUGGUUGCUGUGACCAAGUUCCUAAAGCAACCAGCGCACAAGGACUUUGCUGACAGUGACCUUGGCAACUUCUUGGAUGAUCUUUUCGAGCCCAUCUCCUUCCAGCACAUAACGGGCAGUUAUGCUGGGGCACCCGUCUUCCGCUACACCCGCUCCCAGUCCUUUGACAUCCUGGACAUUGACCACAAGUGUUUUGUGCUGGAGUCGCCAACCCAGCUGGUGGCCCUGCACCUGCAGGGACCCUCUGCCGGACGGAAAGUGAAGCUCAACAUCGCUCUGUACCGUCCCCGGUCAUCGCAGGGCAGCCCAGGGGCUGGGCGGGUGCCUGUGGCCUUGGGUAUCAAGGGCUACCAGCUCUAUAUGUCGUGUGUGAUGAGUGGCGCCAAGCCCGUGCUGCAGCUGGAGGAAGCUGAUGUCAGGAGGGAUAUUGAGACCGUGGAGCUGACCCGCUUCAUCUUCUACCGUCUGGACAGCCCGGCCGAGGGGACUACCCGCUUCGAGUCCGCUGCCUUCCCUGGCUGGUUCAUCUGCACAUCCCUGCAGCCCCGCCAGCCUGUGGGUAUCACCAACGCUCCUGACCAAGUGAACAUUGCUACCUAUGAGCUGAGCGGGCGCUGAAGACCCCACACCAACCCAACCGGCAGUCACCGGUUUUCAGGCUGUAUGUACUGAGUACAACCCCCUGGGAUGGGACCCCUCUCACCAUCUACUUCAGAUGAAAUAGUAGCUCUGGGCCCCAUGGGCUCAAGACACCCCAAUCCUUAUUUAUUUACUUAUUGUGUCUGGCCAGUGCUUUUAUAUUUAUUUUUUGUGCUCCCUUAUUUAUUGCUGCAUUUAACUUGUAUGUGUUUUAUUGUUAUCUGGAACGCUGGUGUUUGUAGAGA